GCUACCACGCAGCGCGGGUGCGCGGGCGCGCGAGUGCGGCCAGUGCGGCCACCGGACGGCCAUCUUGCAUGUAGCGAAAUCGCGUUUCUGCGAGCGUUGCAGAGGCUGGCGGCAGCGUGCUGAAGACACGUUUACUACGCGUUCGUCGUCAUUCGUCGAAGUUUCUUAAACCCGCGACAAAGACGGGGUUUCAAACGUGCCGUGCCAUGCCGUGUUGCUGAAGGAACACAGCAGCCGACACAGCCGACAGCCGUCCCAGUAGCAACAGGUUGCGCAUACUUUGCGCGGGAAGCACCUAUUCUGACAUCUCAGCUUCGCCUGGCUUGACUUCCUGGUGGUACCACGACGGCCUGACAGCACGCUGCAACCAUGAGUGAACAUCACAACGGUGACGGCGCUUUAAAUCAGUCGGCCAUGGAGCCCGCAUUCAUGCAACGUCCUCUGGAGGAGUGCGACCCCGAGUUGCACUCGCUGGUGCUCCAGGAAAAGCAGCGGCAGCUCCGGGGCCUUGAGAUGAUCGCCUCGGAGAACUUCACUAGCCUGGCGGUCACCCAGUGCCUAGGCACGUGCCUCACCAACAAGUACUCGGAGGGAUACCCCGGACAGAGGUACUACGGCGGCAACGAGUUCAUAGACGAGAUCGAAAUCCUCUGCCAGAAGCGCGCCCUGGAGACGUUCCGCCUCGACCCCGAGCGCUGGGGGGUCAACGUGCAGCCCUACUCUGGUUCCCCGGCCAACUUUGCGGUGUACACGGGGGUGGUGGAGCCCCACGGCCGGAUAAUGGGGCUUGACCUUCCCGACGGAGGCCACCUGACCCACGGCUUCUUUACGGACAAGAAGAAGAUCUCGGCCACGUCCAUCUUCUUUGAGUCGAUGCCCUACAAGGUGAACCCGCAGACGGGGCUCAUUGACUACGACAAGCUCCAGCAGACGGCGCUGCUCUUCAAGCCCAAACUCAUCAUUGCGGGCGUGAGCUGCUACCCACGCCACCUGGACUACAAGCGCUUCCGGGAGAUCGCCGACGAGAACAACUCGCUGCUCAUGGCGGACAUGGCGCACGUGAGCGGCCUGGUGGCCGCGCAGGUGGCUCCCAACCCGUUCGAAUACUGCGACAUCGUCACCACCACCACCCACAAGACCCUGCGCGGCCCCAGGGCCGGCGUCAUCUUCUACCGCAAGGGUGUGAGGUCAGAGACAAAAGCCGGCGUGAAGGUGAUGUAUGACCUCGAAGAGAAGAUCAAGCAGGCGGUGUUUCCGGGUCUCCAGGGUGGUCCCCACAACAACACCAUCGCCGGCAUAGCGGUGGCGCUGAAGCAGGCCAAAACCCCGGAGUUCAAGGCCUACCAGGAGCAGGUGGUGAAGAAUGCCAAGAUGCUGGCCAAGGAGCUGCAGGCCAAGGGCUACACCUGCGUGUCUGGCGGCACGGACAACCACCUGGUCUGGGUGGACCUGCGCCCGACGGGGCUCAACGGAUCCCGGGCGGAGCGUGUGCUGGAGCUCAUGUCCAUUGCCUGCAACAAGAACACUGUGCCGGGAGACAAGAGCGCCCUCAACCCCGGCGGCAUCCGGCUGGGCACCCCUGCCCUCACCACCAGGGGGCUCAAGGAGCAGGACAUGGCCACAGUCGCCGAGUUCAUCCACAAGGGCUUGCAAUUCGCCCUGGAAGUGAAAGCGGGCUCAGGACCAACCCUGAAGGACUUCAAGACGAAGCUGGAGACGGAUCCGGCUUGCGUCGAUCGAGUCAGGGAACUGCGCGAGCAAGUCGAGAACUUCGCACUCACUUUCUUCAUGCCCGGCUACGAGAAGGUGUGAGCGGCGUGGCGACGGACUGCCUUACAAUGAUGCCAUGCAACGAUGCUUCACCCGUCCUCCGUUCACCGCGGAAGCCAGUGCCCAAUAGUUCUGUCAAAACAUUUUUUUUUACCACUCGUUCACUCAUUUUCGCAUUUUUUCUGAACCGUUCGCUCGCCUAAUGGAACAUUUUUCGGACCGAUCGGGCAGUCCAAACUUUCUUCUGUACAAAUAUUUUGUUUUGAUACGAGCAUAAGGUUUACAACUGGUGCUUUAUUUACUUAUGCGUCGUUUUCCGAUUGGUCCUUGUCGUCCGCAACAGUUCAGCCCUUUACUUCUUUUUUCACGAACGUACGGUGCUUUGAAACGUUUGUGUCGAGCCGGAUGACCGGUUUCUCUUUCUCACAAUUUUUAAUGUGGUGGGCAUCGUUGGAGCAUUCUGAACAUAAAAUGUAUUUUUUUACACUUUUUGCUAAA